UAGUAACUGCUCCUCUUCCCAUCGAGAGAGUCCGAAUGUGGCGAAGAUUUGGUUAGGGCUAUUUUUGCUAUCUCAAAAUCGUAGAUCACACACACGCCCAGUCGCACUCGCAUCUCAAAUCUUCUUCAAUGGCGGUAUUUCGUUUAGUGUAUUGAGAAAGAGGGUACAGAAACUCAUUUAUGGCGAUGGAACCGUAAAAUUGCUAGCAUCAGAAUCUGAAACCAAUGUGAAGGUCAUGAGAUCGGUGGAAUGUGAUUGAUUUGAUGACGGCGACUGUUGUUUGUUGCUGAUAUAUUUGCAGGAAUCAACCUAGGAAUGGUGAACUUGAUUUAGGUAUUUUCUGGGAAAUUACAUUAUUUUGGUGAUAGAAUGGAGCCUGCUGUGGUCGGGUGUCAGAAGCGUCUGGGGAGAAAACGGAGGAUUGAUAAUGUCCAGAAUAUGAUGGUGGAUUGCAGUGGCAAGAAGAGGAUAGUAGAGACUAGGUCAAUGAAGUUAGUUGGUAGAUAUGUGCGGAAAAAGGUUCAGGGCAGUGGCGUUUUUUUGGGUAGGAUUAUAGUUCAUAAUUCAGGCAUGUAUAGGAUAAAAUACGAGGACGGGGAUUGUGAGGAUUUGUGCAGCCGCAAAGUAAAGGCGUUUCUAAUGGAAGAUGCUGAUUUAACUGGUAAAUGGUCUGAGAAAAGACAGAAGUUGGACGAAUCAUUGUUAAAUAAAGAUGUAAACCAAAAGGUUUCGGAGGUUGAUAAUGGACGAGAGCCAGAAAAGUCGAAUCUUGAUGAUUCGUCGCUGUUGAGUAAGAUAAUGAAUGGUGAUGUUGGUGGAAGUGAAGUAGUUAAGGUUCAUGAUUGUCGUAAUGGUGACGUAGAUGUUGAUUCUUUGAGCGAUUCAUGUGAGGAUCCUGGAGGGGGGGGUGCUAAUCUGGAUAUGGAAGUGCCACUUGUUCCACCACCAGAAUUGCCACCUUCUUCUGGGCAUAUUGGUAUUCAGGAGGAGUAUGUCUCGCACCUUCUCUCUGUAUAUAGUUUCUUGCGUUCAUUUAGUGUACCGCUAUUCCUAUACCCUUUUGGGUUAAAUGAUUUUGUUGGGGCACUUAACUCCUCUGCUGCAAACACAUUGUUGGACUCAGUUCAUGUUGCUCUAAUGCGUGUUCUGAAGCAUCAUUUACAAAGGCUCUCAUUAGAUGGUUCUGAGCUUGCAUCAAAAUGCCUGAGGUGCCCGGAUUGGGGCUUGCUUGACACAUUAACUUGGCCUAUCUACUUGGUCCAGUAUCUGAUGGUAAUGGGUUAUAAAAAUGGACCUGACUGGAAAGGAUUCUAUAUCCAUUCCUUGGGGACAGAUUAUUACACUUUAUCAGCUGGAAAGAAGUUAACAAUUUUGCAGAUUUUAUGUGAGGAUGUUCUGGAUUCCGAAGAGCUAAGAACAGAAAUGGAUUUGCGUGAGGAAUCAGAAGUAGGGAUAGACACAGAAAGUAAAAUGGAGGCCACAAUAUCUGAACCCAAGAGAGUCCAUCGAAGAUAUUCUAAAGCUUCUGCCAGCAAGGACACAGAACCCUUGCAGAGUGUUGCAGAGCAUUGUGAGAUAAAAUCAUCUCACAGCAGUCAUUUUCUGGAGUCUCAAGCAGGUGGACCAAUUGGGAAUUCUAUUGACGAGUAUGGGAAUGGUGAUGAAUGCCGCCUUUGUAGCAUGGAUGGAUUGCUGGUUUGCUGUGAUGGGUGUCCGUCGUCUUACCACCCAAGAUGCUUAGGACUGAACAGAAUGUUAAUGCCCGAUGGUUCAUGGUAUUGUCCUGAGUGUGAAAUAAAUGCUACUGAACCCAAACUAAUGCAGGGAACAGCUUUAAGGGGUGGAGAAAAUUUUGGUGUCGAUCCGUAUGAACAAGUUUUUGUUGCCUCUUGUGACCAUUUACUUGUAUUGAAGGCCUCGAUUAACUCUGGAAAUUGUCUCAGAUACUACAAUAGACAUGACAUUCCUGGAGUCCUUCAUGCUCUUUAUUCCAAAGCGGAGUGUUUUAUCAUGUAUUCAGGCAUAUGCAGGGGAAUCAUGAAGUAUUGGGGAUUACUGCAAGAAAUUUUACCUUGCAAAGAGAUUUCUGAAGUUGGUUUUCAUUUGGUAAACAAAACGGGAAGUGGAGAUUGUAUUUCCCAAUCAGUUAAUUUGUUGGACAAGUCAGUCACAGUGAUGACUGAGGUUGACAACACUGGAAGUCAUAAAAAUCGUAUUUGUGAAGAUUUGGUCCCUUCAUGUCUUACAUACUGUGUUCAGCAGCCUGUCCUAAGUGGGAAUUCUUUGGAUACAGCUAUCAAGUCUGAUAGGCAUGAAGAUCCUACUAGAGAGCAGUCUGGUGUUAUUAUGACAAUGACAGAACCAGGGUCAUUUAGCAGUUCAAUUGGUCAGCCUGCUGAUCCUUGUGAAUUAAGCCAACAAAGCACUUCAAGUGUGACUCAAACUGUUUCAUGCCCCACAACAAACAUCAAUGUUAAAUACAGAGAUCCUCUGAAUGGUACUUCUCUAGAAGCCAAAGCAUCCACGCGUUGCCUGGAACUUAAUAAUAGAGUUGAUGGAAAGGCUUGUGGAAGUUCCUAUGAUGGUUACUUGUACAUGGGCUCUUAUUUCAAAGCAACUGAUUACAUAAAUUAUUAUCUGCAUGGUGAUUUUGCUGCAUCUGCAGCUGCUAAUUUGGCAGGUCUUUCAUCCGAAGAAAAUAAAGUUCCAGAGUCUCGCCCUUCAGAUAAUCGGCAAAAAGCUAUGUCUGCCAGCAUUGUACUUCAGUUCAAAGCCUUCUCGGCUGUUGCUAUGCGAUUUUUCUGGCCCAAUAUGGAGAAGAAGCUUGUUGAAGUCCCCAGGGAAAGAUGCAGCUGGUGUUUUUCUUGUAAGGCUCCUGUAGCAAGCAAAAGAGGAUGCUUGUUAAAUGCAGCUGCUUUAAAUGCCACCAGAGGGAGACUUGCUGGGGUUCGUCCUAUGAAGAAUGGGGAUGGGAGACUUUCUAGCAUUGCAGCCUACAUUAUGUUUAUGGAGCAGAGCUUAAGUGGCCUAAUUGUUGGUCCUUUCCUUAAUGCCACUUUCAGGAAACAAUGGCGCAAUCAAGUUGAACAGGCCACUACUUGCAAUGUGCUGAAAAUCCUUUUGCUCGAACUUGAGGAGAAUGUACGCACCAUUGCUUUUUCUAGAGAUUGGACGAAGUUUGUUGGAGGCUGCUCUCCUCAUUCUUCCACUUCUCAGAUUGUAGCAACUGCCGCUGGAUCGACUCAGAAACGUAGACCAGGAAGACGUGCCAGGAAAACUUCUACCAUGGUUGAAGUUGCAGUUGAUUCCCAGGAUAUGUCGGCUGACUUCACCUGGUGGCGAGGAGAUAUACUGUCAAAGCAUAUGUUGCAAAGAGCAAUUCUUCCAUGUUCAAUCAUUAAAAAAUCAGCCCGUCAAGGUGGUACAAAAAAGAUACCAGGUGUACAUUAUGUUGACGGAAAUGAGACUCCUAAAAUUAGCAGGCGGCUUGUCUGGCGGUCCGCAGUUGAAAUCAGUAGGAACACAGCACAGCUCGCACUUCAGGUUAGAUACCUUGAUUUUCAUGUAAGGUGGGGUGACCUCAUUCGCCCAGAGCAGACCUCCUCUGAUGGAAAAGGCCCCCAGGCAGAAGCUUCUGCUUUUAGAAAUGCUUUUAUUUGUGAUAAGAAAAUAGUUGAACAAGAAAUUAGAUACUGUGCUGCUUUUGGUAGUCAGAAGCACCUGCCCUCCCGUGUCAUGAAAAAUAUAAUAGAAGAGCAAAUCCUGGAUGAUGGGAAGGAAAGAUACUGGUUCUGUCAGACAUACAUCCCUUUGUAUCUGAUUAGAGAAUAUGAACAAAAGGUGGAGGAAAACAAGCCUGUGCAUCUGUUGCCCAAACUGCAGACAAAACAGUUGAAGGCUUCCCGUAAGAAUAUUUUCUCUAAUCACUUCAGGAAGCAAGAUAACAUGGUCUGGAGUUAUUGUUGUUCAUGUCAUCAAGAUGUCUUUUUUAGGAAUGCUGUCAAGUGCAGUGGAUGCCAAGGUCUUUGUCAUGUCCAAUGUGCUACCAGUUCAACAGUUAAUAUGAAUGAAGUUGAGUAUUUAAUCACCUGCAAGCAAUGCUGCGAGAUCCAGUCCACCAUACAAGUGGAAAAAAGUAAUGUAUCACCUACAAGUCCUUUGCACCUUCAAGGACAAGAAUCUCCAAAUCCAGCUAAUGUCACCAAACAUGUAAACUUAGUAGGUUAUAAAGGGUCACCAGCUGUUGGAACUUUGGAGCAUCCUUCUGCAGUGAAAUCAAUCACUUGUUCUGCAGUUGCAACAAGAAGUAGAAAAUUACACUGGGGUCUGAUCUGGAGGAAGAAGAAUUAUGAAGACACUGGCAUGGAUUUCAGAUUAAAGAACAUUCUUUUGAGGGGCAAUCUAGAUAGAGACUUGCCAGAACCUCUUUGCCGUCUUUGUAAUCAGCCGUACAAUGCCAACCUAAUUUACAUUCGCUGUGAAACAUGCCAAUAUUGGUUUCAUGCUGAUUCUGUAGAAUUGGAUGAGUCUAAGAUUAUUUUCUUGGUGGGAUUCAGAUGCUGCAAGUGCCGCAGGAUUAAAUCUCCUGUGUGUCCUUACUUGGAUCCAGAGAAAAAUAAGGUAUUGGAGGGCAAAACAGAGCGCCGACAGGCUGGAAAACUGGAAAUUUCGAUGAUGAACUUUGGUUUUGAUCGUCACAAGGAAGUGGGAACAGCUAAUUCUGCAUUACCUGGAAAGCCAGGAGUUAGUCCUGCAGCCGCAGAUGAUCCUCUUGUUUCUCUUUCUGAAGUUAAGCAAUGCACUGGCGACAAGUCAGAAGUGGAUUAUGAGCCUGGUCCUGCGCCGCCGAAGUUGCCCAUCAGAAGACUUAUCAAGGAACAAAAAGAUAUUCCUUGUCAGGCAGGUCGUUUUCAGUUUGACGUAUCUGCACCUUUUGAAGCAAAUAUCUUCAAAUUUACUGCAAAGUUGCCUGUCAAGAGACAUAUAACCAAUUCCUUUCAAAUCAAAGUAUCCGACCUGUCAGAAGCAAAUGCUGUUAGCUCUACGCAGGAUUCAUUUUCCCCUCACGUUCAACGGAUUGCUUCUAAGGAGAACUUGGAUGAUAGUAUGACACUAGAGAAUGACUGUCUUAGUCCUGAUGAUAUAAAAUUUGACCCUCGAACCUAUUUCUCUUUCAAUGAAUUGCUUGCACCGGAUGAUUGUGGCCAUGCAAAUGGCAAAGGAUCACCAGAUAAUGGAGCAGAUAACAUGGAAAAUUCUGCACUUGCCGAAAAUGGAACACUUGAAAUGUUGUAUGAUCGAGAAGAUCCAGUCAUAUCUCUAGAAACAGUUUUGCAGAGAGUUCCUUGUAAGAUUUGUUCUAAUACCAAACCACAUCCAGAUCUUUCUUGCCAGAUUUGUGGUAUGUGGAUACAUAAACACUGUUCUCCAUGGUUUGAAUCAUCUUCUUGGGAGGAUGGCUGGAGGUGUGGCAAUUGCCGUGAGUGGAGGUAGUGUAACUUUUUGUUUCUGAUGCUGGAGGGUAUAUAUAUUGUUCAGAGUGGUGAUUGAUAGCAGUUGCCAGAGAGACUGGGCUGGACUGUGAAAUCAGGAUGGCAAGUCAUUCCACGUUUCUGACUUGAGAUAGGCGGCCAUUGAGGUGCCAUAAUGGCAAUGUGACAAUGCUGUGAGCAUUUAACCUCAGGCCGUUGGGCUUUCCCAUUUACUCACUUACAGCACCUCAUUAAUCAGUUGCUGUUAUCAGCUGGAUGAAAUUGUAAUCACAUGGCUGGUUUGCCGGAUGGUAGAAGACAAAGGUCAAAGAGUUGAGAUUGAUUCUCCCUCAAUCCUGUGGAAUAGAGAAACUUACUUUUACUCUUGAUGAUGAUGGAUAAGCUAGGUUUUUUGGAGCUUAUAUGAUUAUUUUGCGUGUGGAGUAUCUUCUACAUCUGUUUAGAGAUUGUCCCUUUGUUCUACUUCUACAACUGUAUAUUAUCAUCACAAUUUUGUCGAUCAUCAAAAAGAGUACUUUCAUCAAAUGUUCAAGUGGCAACAAUACAAAAUGGCUUCACUUUUGGGAUGAGAUGCGUCGUUCUCCGUUCAAUUUUCUACUUUUUCUGUUUGUCAUUCUUUCUUUUUAUGUCAGACUUAGAAAAUAUUAAGUCUUAAGGACUUACUGUAUACUUUGUAGAACCAUUGGAAAGAAAGACCUAUUUCACAUGAUAAGUUUGUCUUCCAAAUUAUUUAGAUUCCUAAUUGGAUGAAAUUCAAUGGUUUCUUCUUCUUCUUUUUUUUUGAAUGAUGUAGAAGGUUCUUUUUUUUUUUUUUUUUGAAUGUAGAAGGUAAGUUAAUAAAUGCAUAGAAGCAUGUGGUAAGGAAAUCACUAGUGAGUGCAAAUUAAGGUACAGCAUACCAAAUUUUGAAUCAGUGAGAAUCACAGAUUAAAAAUUAAGAGGUCAAACUCGGUUAAAGGGGAGGAUUAUUUUUUAGAGAUGGUGAUAUUUUGUUAUGGAGGGCAUACUAUGUUCGUAUGCGAGUGUCAUUAGUAAUGUCAACUUAAUGCUCUACUGUUCACGAAUGAUUUAACAUACUAUCAGAAUAGCAGUCGAUGAAUACUCCUACAAUAUCUUCAUCUGAAUACUAUACUCUUUUAUGAUUUUCUAAAAAGGAAACAUGACAUUAUACUGUAAUGAUGAUGAUUGCGGGUACGACACAUGUUUUACCCUAUAAAUACUCCUACUGUGUGCAAGCAGAAGCCAAAGACAAUGAUCUAACAGUCUACAUAUAGAUUGACAAACAAAUGCAUUUGUUACAAAUGGGAGGGCUACUUUGUGCAGAUUUUCUUAUAUGCCUGUAUAUAUUACAGAAACCAAUGGAGUAAAACCUGACUACAAACCCAAAGGGGAAAAUAAGGAAAAAAAAGAACACGGACCUCUCGCCUGAAAAAAAGAGGAAACCUCACUGAUGCACAGUAAACUGUGCUAAAGAAUAUGACAACUUUCACAACCUCCAAGAAUCCCAAUUCUAGUGCUAUGCCGAUUACAUACAUUUUUCACCAUUUACUCCCGCCAGCCCAGCCCGUGCAAUUGUAUUGUUCAUCCCCCACCGUGCCUAUCAAGGAAGUACCGGUGUUGCCAUAUAAACAAUGUUGCUGAGUAGUGCGGUCACAUA